AGAGUGCACACCGGAAGGGCGCCAAACCCUAAACAUGGCGGCCGCCUGGGGUCUGCGCCGUGCCGGAGCCUCGGUGCUCCUGCUGUCCGCGCGCGGUGGUUGCCGGGCCUUGCACAAACAGGUAGAUGGCACGGAAUUCCAGAGCAUCUACAGCCUGGACAAACUCUACCCGGAAUCCAAGGGCGCGGACACCGCCUGGAAGGUCCCGGAUCAUGCAAAACAAGGCAGCAACGCCAUCCCUGUAGAUCGCUUGACCAUCUCUUACUGUCGGAGUAGCGGUCCUGGAGGGCAGAACGUUAAUAAAGUGAAUUCCAAGGCUGAAGUCAGGUUCCAUUUGGCAUCAGCAGACUGGAUUGCAGAGCCCGUGCGACAGAAGAUCGCUCUCAAGCAUAAAAAUAAGAUCAACAAGUCAGGAGAGUUGGUACUUACUUCUGAAAGCAGCCGCUAUCAGCUCCGGAAUCUGGCAGAAUGCCUGCAGAAAAUUCGAGACAUGAUUGCGGAAGCCAGCCAGGUGCCCAAGGAGCCAUCCAAAGAAGAUGCUCAGCUCCGGAGAAUCAGGAUAGAAAACAUGAAUCGGGAAAGGCUGCGACAGAAGAGAAUAAACUCUACCAUAAAGACAAGCAGGAGGGUGGAUAUGGACUGAAGUCACCCCUCGCUUCCAGUAAACACCGGAUGUGCGGCGGCCUCAGUCCAGAGACAUCACACCAAGGACGCCGCUUUUCCCCGGGUAUUGUCUGCACUGGAGCCAUGACAAGACCAUUCCCUUGGGGGGAGGGGGAUUAGAGGAAGAGGGGGUGCUGCAGGUCUUCCAGGGCAGUUCCCUGUCAUCGCCUCAGGUGUUACUGGCUGCAAUAAACUUCUAAGCUCAGUA